UAAUCUUCCUUUAAUAUGAUUUGUUUUCCCUUUCAUGUCACGUUGGCACGAAGACCGAAAAAACCCAAGUACUCCGCCACACGCAGACUGCACUUGAAGUCCAUCUUGCUGAGGAAGGCAGCUUCCAUGCUUUUGGCUGAGGGUGAAGCAAAGAAAGCCGAGAGAGAAAGAGUCUUCACUGAAAGUUUCCCUUCACCAAAGCUCUCAGACCUGUCAGUCCAAGACCUCAAGGAACUGUGCCGAGAAAUACACCAGAUGAUCGAUGUUGCGGACGAAGCUCGAUACGACAUCGACAUCAAGGUGGCCAAAAAUGACAAUGAGAUUGUGACACUGAAACAGAAGAUCCGCGAGCUGAAGGGGAUCAGGCGACCCAGCUUGAAGAGGGUGAAGAAAAACACAGACAACAUGCUGGGCGCUUACUCGGACACCUCCAAACUGAUGAAGGCGGACUUCAAGGCCAACCUCAAGACCGUAAAGAAGGAGGAAGAAAAACGGGAGGAAGUGACUGACUGGCGCAAGAACGUGGAGGCCAUGUCUGGAAUGGAGGGCAGGAAAAAGCUUUUUGAUGCCGGGCAAUAACAGAAGUCAUGAUGGUUGUGUGGAGAGGGGAGUAGUCCUAGACCUAGACAGUAUGCUCAUACAACUAAGACAAAACAGAAGUCAUGAUGGUUGUCUGUGAGGGGAGUAGUCCUAGAACUAGACAGUAUGCUCAUACAACUAAGACACAUGAGUGAAAAGCAUCAUCACCUCAACAACAUUUCAAGGAGAAUUGCACUUUUUUGAAAUGUUGUCUAUCAUUCACAAUCCUUAUGUGAGACAAACACACUUGUUUUUCUUCUUUUGAUGCAUUCUAACUCCUCAAUAAUGGCUGGCAAAAGACAGCUUAAUACAAACCUCGUUUCUAUAUGAGUUGGGAAAUUGUGUUAGAUGUAAAUAUAAACGGAAUACAAUGAUUUACAAAUCUUUUUCAACCCAUACCAUCACAGAUGCUUGCUUUUGAACUUUGCCUCGAUAACAGUCUGGAUGGUUCGCCUCCCCUUUGGUCCGGAUGACACGAUGUCGAAUAUGUUCAAAAACAAUUUGAAAUGUGGACUCGUCAGACCACAGAACAUUUUCCACUUUGCAUCAGUCCAUCUUAGAUGAUCUCGGGCCCAGAGAAGCCGGCGGCGUUUCUGGAUGUUGUUAAUAAAUGGCUUUCGCUUUGCAUAGUAGAGCUUUAACUUGCACUUACAGAUGUAGUGACCAACUGUAUUUAGUGACAGUGGUUUUCUGAAGUGUUCCUGAGCCCAUAUGGUGAUAUCCUUAAAAGAUUGAUGUCGGUUUUUGAUACAGUGCCGUCUGAGGGAUCGAAAGUCACGGCCAUUCAAUGUUGAUUUCCGGCCAUGCCGCUUACGUGGAGUGAUUUCUCCGGAUUCUCUGAACGUUUUGAUGAUAUUAUGGAGCGUAGAUGUUUAAAUCCCUAAAUUUCUUGCAAUUGCACUUUGAGAAACGUUGUUCUUAAACUGUUUGACUAUUUGCUCAUGCAGUUGUGGACAAAAGGGUGUACUUCGCCCCAUCCUUUCUUGUGAAAGACUGAGCAUUUUUUGGGAAGCUGUUUUUAUACCCAAUCAUGGCACCCACCUGUUCCCAAUUAGCCUGCACACCUGUGGGAUGUUCUAAAUAAGUGUUUGAUGAGCAUUCCUCAACUUUAUCAGUAUUUAUUGCCACCUUUCCCAAAUUCUUUGUCACGUGUUGCUGGCAUCAAAUUCUAAAGCUAAUGAUUAUUUGCAAAAAAAAAAAAAGCUUUUAUCAGUUUGAACAUCAAAUAUGUUGUCUUUGUAGCAUGUUCAACUGAAUAUGGGUUGAAAAGGAUUUACAAAUCAUUGUAUUCUGUUUAUAUUUACAUCUAACACAAUUUCCCAACUCAUAGAGCUAAUGACAUUCACACUAUUCCACCUAUAAGAGCGCACUAAAUAGCAUCCAUCCAAAAUGUUUUCUACACACACUGUAAGUAUAUAUCUUAGUUAUUAACAUUGAUAACAACAUGCAAUAUUGACAUAUUUUAAGCAUACAUGGGCGUAUUCAUUUGAAAGGCCUCAUAACGUUCACUAUUUCCUUCAGCAACAACUCCACUACUAAUCACGGCAGGUUUUAUGGGAGCCAACAACAACUACUUUGGGACCAUGACUCAGAACAUUAUAUUUUUGAGGCUGAAAAAAAAGUAGGAUACACGACAAGUUGUAGACACUGAGUGAUAAGCAGUUCUAGCUAGUAGUAGUAUUGCAGGAAAAACAAACUACAAACAUACUGCAUUUUUCGGGCUAUUAUGCGCACUUUGGUAAUCUACGAAGCCGAACCACUUGAAAGAUUGUUGGUGCCGAUUAUGGUUUAUGGCUUACGUAGUCAGGCGUACUGUGCUUCAACAUGUGGGUUUUAUUAUGGUGUGCGUAGAAGGACCCCUAAAUGAAACCUAUUAGAAGACAUUAUCUGGCGUUUUAUUUCCCCCUCUUAUGGAAGAAACUACUUUUCUUACCUAUUGGUACCUGCUGUUGUGGAAUUGGGAUCUGCGUAUGUCCCAAAAAUUAGUGCAUGUCCGCCAUUGUAGUCUGCACCGUGGUCAAUAAGCUUCUUUUUCUCUAUUUUUUGAUUGAUCGAUUGAAACUUUUAUUAGUAAAUUGCACAGAACCGUACGUAUUCCGUACAAUUGACCACUAAAUGGUAACACUCCAAUAAGUUUUUGAACUUGUUUAAGUCGGGGUCCACGUUAAUCAAUUCAUGGUAUCCUCUUGUUGUGGGGCAUGCAUCCUCUGCUGUUGCCAUUUCUAAUACAAAGUAGCAUAUAUUUCAAACUUAUGUCAGUAGACCCGAUAUGGCAGUGCUAAAAACUACAACAUGGCUGACGAGAGAAACGCUGUCAAGUGGAGGCAUGUAAAUGUUGUAUCCAGUAGAUGUUAUUAUAGGUAGACCACCAGGAGGUGUUUUAAAUGUAGACAAAGUUAUAAUAUGACCUCUUUAAUGUGCCUUACAAUCCGGUGCGUCUUAUCCGUGAUGGGAUGUUCAUAUCUUCCCAUUUAGAUGAAGAAUUAGUCAUAAUACUAAUGCAGGUAAUUGUUUAUUGUGGCAAUAGAUGAGUCCUACUAGCUGCAUUGUUAGCCAUGCACCUCAUACUUAGAUUUCAUUCAUCUCCAUAGACAAAUUGCCAACAACGUGUUCAUUAUUUGCCAUAUUUUACGAAUUAAAAUGCAUAAAAAAAGAAAAACAUACAUGCGCUUGUCUUACAUAAGGAUUGUGAAUGAUAGGCAGAACUAAAAAAAAAAGGGCAGUUCCCCUUUAAUGAAAAAGGAUCUUUGUCCCAUGUUUAGAUCUCAGGCACUGUUGCACUAAUUCUAGCCUAAUCCAAAUAAAAGUGUAACCUGUGCAUAAUAAAUAGUUUUAGCGGACAAACAACCUUGUGAUAGGAACUAUAGCAAAGGUUAGGCUUCAUAUUAGAUGAAUCACCUGCAUUUUUCGAAAUAAUUCUGACAAACGAUGACGAAUCGCUUCAAGCAAAACUGAUUGCCCUACUUGACUGACACCAGCAGGGGCGCUGUUGAAGAAUAUUGUGUUGCUCUGCAGAUACUACGUAAAUACUGUAUGUCCCCUAUGUAAGCUUAAGCAGUUUUGUGAUGAAUUCACAGCAAUAUGUGUUUGAAAAAGGAACAGAAUGCCACUACACGUUAAAGAACUAAUUACAUUAUAUUAUUAGGGUGCGCCCAGUGGAGGUGGGGUGUAGGGACUUUGUAGCUAGUACAACAGCAAAGCUACAUAGGGUGGUUGGAGUCAGGGGGCUGACUCACAGACAGACUAUAAAGAGCUGGCCGACACCGCAGAGAAGACGAACCAUUGGCUGUGGUUGAAGAGGAGUGACACUAAGGCUAACACCUGAUGGGAUUUGAUCACCCUGGGGUGGGCCCUUCCUCAGCAGAGGGUGUCUUGUGGUAAGCCGGGCUGAAACACCCCGUGACUCUGGGGCACACAACUGAAGAUGUGUCCCAAUGGCGUCACCUAGUCUCACUCAGGUCUACAGUCAGGUGCAAGCCUGGCUCAGGGAGGACGACGCCCCUGCCAUGCAGAGUCCUCAGAGAUUAAACCAAAUAGUCCUGUCAGCAAAAUCUAUAAUUUCAUUAUAAUAAUAGUAAUGCAGAAAAAGUCAAUUUCGAGUCAUUUAAAUUUGCAGUAAAUUCAUUUUUGCAGUGCAUUGAGAGUGCAUAUUGUAUUAUUGUAAUACUGAGAAAACAUUCAUACAUGUAGUAAGAGUACAGAAAAAUGCUUCAUGAAAUGCUAAGAACCUCCAUUAUUGUAUUAUAUGACAGGUUGGUGGCAGUGUUUAUGUCACAUAGGGAAAACUAAUUAAAAUGUUACAACAA